AUGGCGACAGCUACUGCUGCGGGCAAGAAUGCCCAGCCAUUCCCUGAUGGCACCAAGGACUAUGUUCCUCUCCGCGCUGGCGGUGCCAAGAAGGAUAUCAACAAGGUCCAUAUUGCCGACACUCCCAUGACCUGGAGCAACUGGCCUCAGCACAUCAACUGGCUCAACACCACGUUGGUUAUCUUCGUUCCCUUGGCCGGAUUCAUCUCCGCCUACUGGGUUCCUCUCCAGCUCAAGACUGCUCUCUGGGCUGUCUUCUACUAUGUUCACACUGGUCUCGGCAUCACUGCUGGUUAUCAUCGACUUUGGUCUCACUCUGCCUACAAGGGUACUACCCCUCUCAAGAUCUAUCUCGCUGCUGUCGGUGCUGGCGCCGUUCAGGGUUCCAUCCGAUGGUGGUCAUAUGGUCACCGUGUUCACCACCGUUAUACCGAUACCGACAAGGACCCCUACUCCGUCCGCAAGGGUCUCAUGUACUCCCACAUGGGCUGGAUGAUCCUCAAGCAGAACCCUAAGCGACAAGGCCGUACCGAUAUCACCGAUCUCAACGAGGACGCCGUCGUUGUCUGGCAACACAAGAACUACAUCAAGUGCGUUCUCUUCAUGGCUCUCGCUUUCCCUGCUCUCGUCGCUGGUCUGGGCUGGGGUGACUGGUGGGGUGGUCUCGUUUACGCUGGUAUCCUCCGUGUUUGCUUCGUCCAGCAGGCCACCUUCUGUGUCAACUCUCUUGCCCACUGGCUCGGUGACCAGCCUUUUGAUGACCGCAACUCGCCCCGUGACCACGUCAUCACUGCUCUCGUCACGCUUGGUGAGGGGUACCACAACUUCCACCACGAGUUCCCUUCGGAUUACCGCAACGCUAUUGAGUGGUGGCAGUACGACCCUACCAAGUGGAGCAUCUGGUGCUGGAAGCAGCUUGGUCUUGCUUAUGAGCUGAAGGAGUUCCGUGCCAACGAGAUUGAGAAGGGCCGUGUCCAGCAGCUCCAGAAGAAGCUUGACCAGAAGCGUGCCACCCUCGACUGGGGUAUUCCUCUGGAGCAGCUCCCCGUUGUUGACUGGGACGACUUCGUCGCCCAGGCCAAGGCUGGAAAGGGUCUCGUUGCCAUUGCCGGUGUUAUCCACGACGUUACCGACUUCAUCAAGGACCACCCCGGUGGCAAGGCCCUCAUCAACUCCGCCAUCGGAAAGGACGCUACCGCUAUCUUCAACGGUGGUGUCUACCUCCACUCCAACGCUGCCCACAACCUUCUGUCUACCAUGCGUGUUGGUGUCCUCCGCGGUGGUUGCGAGGUUGAGAUCUGGAAGCGUGCUCAGUUCGAGAACAAGGAUAUUACCUACAUGAACGACUCUGCCGGUCAACGCAUCAUCCGUGCUGGCUCUCAGGUCACCAAGAUUGUCCAGCCCGCUGCCAGCGCCGAUGCUGCUUAA